ACAGAUGGAGUAUCGAGAAUGUGAAAAGCGCUUGGAGCGAAGUGAACAUUCACUGGAUGUUUGGAUAAAAACGCAAAUAAUUAUUGAGUUAAAAUAGACUAGAAUUAAUAAUACCUGAUAUAUCGAGAUAAGACAAGUCAGGUGUGGGCUGAAGGGUUAAAGUCGGCAAGGGUCGUGUAAUCGAUGGCAGAUGAAGAGAUGUCAGUGAGGGACUAGCUAGCUGAAGAAGUCAUGGCGAUGAUUAACAGAAGUUGUUUUGCUGCUGGUCGUGUGUGCGGUAGUCAUAUUUUGUUGUCACCCAAGGGCCUUGAAAGGUCACAUGUACAGACCAGUCGUCUGACCACAGCGCCUAGUACAUCGGCUACGCUGCAAGACAGAAAGAAAGAGAUUAAAGAAGAUGGUCUGGAUCUGCAGGACUUCAUAUCAGGCGAACUUUCAGAGAAAAGCAAGUGGGAAGAAUACAGGGGCAACCUGAAACGACAGAAGGGAGAGCGGCUUAGGUUACCACCAUGGCUGAAGACAGAGAUUCCUAUUGGGAAAAACUACAACCAAUUGAAGAAUACUCUCAGAGAGUUGAACUUACACACUGUGUGUGAAGAGGCCAGGUGUCCAAACAUCGGAGAAUGCUGGGGUGGUGGAGAGUAUGCUACAGCCACCGCAACCAUCAUGUUGAUGGGAGACACAUGUACGCGCGGCUGCAGGUUUUGUUCUGUAAAGACAGCAAGGAAGCCUCCUCCUCUGGACCCUGAUGAGCCAUACAACACUGCUAAAGCCAUUGCUGCGUGGGGGCUGGACUAUGUGGUGCUCACUUCAGUGGACCGAGAUGAUCUUGCUGAUGGUGGUGCAGAACACUUUGCAAAGACUGUUUCCAAUCUCAAAGAGAGGAACUCCACUAUCCUGGUAGAGUGUCUGACCCCUGAUUUCCGUGGUGACCUCUCAGCAGUGGAAAAGAUUGCUCUCUCUGGCCUAGACGUUUAUGCCCACAAUGUAGAGACAGUGAGAGAGCUGCAGAGGUAUGUGCGGGACCCACGGGCAAACUUUGACCAGUCGCUCAGUGUGCUACGCCAUGCCAAGAAAGUAAAACCAAGUGUGCUCACUAAAACCUCCAUCAUGCUUGGGCUGGGAGAGACAGAUGCACAGGUGCACUCGACUAUGAAAGAGUUGAGGGACUCUGGAGUAGACUGCUUGACCUUGGGCCAGUACAUGCAGCCAACCAAACGGCAUCUGAAGGUGGAGGAGUAUGUCACUCCUGAAAAGUUUGUUUACUGGGAGAAGAUGGGUCAGGAAAUGGGCUUUGUCUACACAGCGAGUGGGCCUUUAGUGCGCUCUUCAUACAAAGCAGGUGAGUUCUUCCUAAAGAACCUGCUGAAAAACAGGAAGAUGGAAGAAACAUCGGAAUGAAGAUCAAACUGGUCUCCCUCCAUAUCUUUUUCUUCUCUCUGUCAGUAAAUCUUACAGCACGACAUGACAUUUAUACUCCUUUAGCUGCUUAAUCCAUUCUUUCCUUGGGGGAAGCCUCUAUUGAUAGAACAUUUAAAUAAGUGUCAUUUGGCAGUAAUGAACUGUGGGUAAUGUAGUCUUCUGGUGCCGAAAAAGUAGAAGAGAGGCAUUGAACAACUGUGGAGUGGAGAACUUGUUGACUGAACUUGCUGUAUAUAUCAAGCGAGUUUCAUUAGACUUAUCUGUUAAAAGGUGGAAACAUACUUGUGUCUUCUUAGUGGAGUAGCACAAGGAACACAAGCAACAAUAUCUACUUAUGCAAUAAGUACAUAUUUAAUAAAUAGUUAAAAAGUAAACAAAGGCGUUCAGAGUGAUUUGAUAUGAAUUGCUCCAUUCUAGAGAAACGGUCAGAACUGUUCAGUGGUAGUGAUGCAAACCAGACAUCUGAAGCCUUUAAUGCCUCUUAGAGCUUCACAGAAAGGUUGUGAAAACACUACCUGAUGUCUCAAACAUUAUGAAAACAUAGUUUGGUAAAAAAUCCAUUGAGAGGUAUAUACAGAACUUCGUAAGGCAAAAUGGCCCCCCAAAACAUUUUUUUGUUCUUAUUCAUCACUUAUUUACCAUCAACUUUUCAAAUAAAAACAUAGGUUUAGGUGGUACUUGAAGUUGGUUUAUUUGUGGUUUUAGUAAAACUAAAUGCCUUUAUCUGUGUUAUAGACAUUGAGACUUCUGGUUCUUAUUAUUACCACUCUAAAGAAACAAAUAUCCACAGAUUUGUAAUCUACAAUGAACCAUUUCAAAAUCACAUCACUCUGAAAAAAAUUUGGUGGUGGAAUUAAAGACAAUAACAAAUUAAUAUUUGAAAUAAUGAAGAGGCAAAGACCAUGUUAACACAGUGUAAUUGUGCAAAUUAAAUAAUUGCAAAAGUUUCUAAUGUAUUAAACAGUUAAUAAAAUGUUUUUCAUUUUUGAAAAAUAAGACAGGGGUAUCAUUUAUUCCUUUAUUUAAGAAAUAAAGUUUUACAUUAGUGUUACAAAUCUAUACAGUAUGAGAAUUUAUGAGCAUUUUUUUAACACUGAUCUCAAAUGACACAGUUAUGUAAUGACUGACUAGAAUCUUCUUAAGCUUGAUCGUGUUCAAUUAAACCCCAUCACACAUGAGACACAAA